UAAAAACCAAAGGCCAUAUAAUAUAUAAUACACACCAAAGAACUAGAAGGCGACACUACGAGAAGAAGAAAAAGACGACGACAGUUUAAUAAAAAGCUUUCUUUUGAUUCUAUAUGGAAGCAGUUGGCCUGAAUAUGCCCAACAAUCAGUUCGUUAGCUUGAAGGAGACUGAGCUCUGCCUCGGUUUGCCCGGUGGCGGUGGCAGUGGUGGAGAUCAGACCUCUCUCAAAGCUUCUGGCAAGAGGGGGUUCUCUGAAACUGUUGAUCUCAAACUUAACCUUCAGAGCAAGGACGGUGGAGGAGGUGUCGGUGUUGGUGUCGGGGUGGAUCUCAAUGAGAAUAUUAAGAAUGUUUCGACGAACGUGGAUGGUGAGAAGAGCCUCUGCUCCAAGGAUCCUGCCAAGCCACCCGCCAAAGCACAAGUUGUGGGAUGGCCACCAGUUCGAUCGUACAGGAAGAACGUGAUGGCACAGAAGAACACAAGUGGCGGCGAAGGAACGGAGAAAGGAAACGGUGGCAGCUCAGCUGCCUUUGUGAAGGUUUGCAUGGAUGGUGCUCCAUAUCUCCGCAAGGUUGACCUGAAAAUGUAUCAAAGCUACCAAGAACUUUCUGAUGCCUUGGCCAAGAUGUUCAGCUCCUUCACUAUGGGUGAAUAUGGUACACAAGGAAUGAUAGACUUCAUGAAUGAAAGGAAGUUGAUGGAUCUUCUCAAUAGCUCUGAGUUUGUUCCUACUUAUGAAGAUAAAGAUGGCGAUUGGAUGCUCGUCGGUGAUGUCCCAUGGGAAAUGUUUGUGGAUUCAUGUAAGCGUUUGAGAAUCAUGAAAGGAUCAGAAGCCAUUGGCCUUGCCCCAAGAGCUAUGGAGAAAUGCAAAAGCAGAAGCUAGCUGAGAAGAGAUGAGAUUGAGAAAGUGGUUUUGUGAAGAAUAUGGUGUUCCAGCUUGGAAACUUGCAUGUUGUUCUGUGUAUUUUUUUUUCUUUUUUUUCUUCUUUUAAAAAAAUUAAUGUUGUUUUUUGUUUAAAUUAUUAAUUAGUAUAUAAAGGAAAAUAUCAAAUGAUCUGUUGUUGGGGACAAUAUUUGUAAUAGAAGAGACAUGAAAAGCUGUAAACUUUCACCUACUGUCUGUCUGGUUGGUUUGUUUGUUAUGUUUAAUUAUUAUUAUUAUUAUUAUUACCACUAAUUAAUUUUCCAAUAUAUA